AUGAACUAUUAUUACUCUUCUGUCGGGUUGUUCCUUUUUUAUUUUAUAUUUUUUAAAGUUCACAAUUGUGUAUUUGUAACAGAUGGCAGUUCUAUUAUUUUAGAAAACGUGGGAACAUCAUACAAGCUCUUUUCUACGGAUAUGAAAUGGGGAACCGGGUCAGGAAAUCAACUAGUUACCGCCGUAACCACAAAUAAGAAUGACGAAGAUAUAUUGUGGACAGUUAAUGUUUAUGAUGAAGUAAAAAGUUUCACGGGAAAUAAAAUAAAGUGCGACGAAAUUGUUACUCUAAAGCAUGUGAAGUCGAACGGAUAUUUGAUAGGAUCUUCACACGACUCGAUACUGUCAAACAAUUAUGAGUUAAGUGUCCAUUCGUCGAAGGAAUCGGGGAAAUUUCAAGUCAUUUGUGAAAACAAAAAAGAUAAACCUUUCUGGUUAUUAGGAGAAAUAAUUUAUUUGAAAAACAUAGAUCGCAAUGGAUAUAUCUCAACAAGCAAAAGUUAUGAGUUUAAUCAGUAUAAUUGUCACAACUGCCCAAUUUUAUAUCAUUUGGAAGCAUGCAUUAUGAAGUACAGUUAUUCACGGGAUGGACAAAAGUGGAAAGCCAAAUCGGGCGUAAUAAUAACCCCACUUAAAUACGACAAAGGAGAGAAGUUUAAUGGUGAUGAACUUUGA